GGGCUGUGACUCAUGCUGGACUCUAACCCACGAGGGUUCUAAGGGUCAGCAGUUGGGGGAUGGAGAUGAAACGUGUGGCUGGCAGGAAAUUCUGGAAGCAGGGAAAGGGAAAUUAACUGGUGCCGGUCUGCGGGAAGAGAAUAAGCCUGGAUCCUCAAUCACAGGAGGAGGCAGGCCCAGACCUCAGAGGCAGAAAGAGAAACCAGAGCCUAAAGUCACAAGGAAAAACCAGACCUCGGAGCCACAAGCAGGAGAGGGCCGGACCCUGGCUCAGAGGGAGGGGGCCGGAGCCUGUGAGAGGGAAGUAGGGAGUCGGAUCCUCUGAUCCCCACGAGGAGAGGACCUGGCUGCCUCCCGCUUGGGGCCGCGCGAGGGCGGGGCGCGGAAGGAUCCGGGCGGGCCGUGCUGCGCCACCCCGGAUAUAUCUAUCCCCAGUCCCCGGGGCCGCCUCAUUCCCCGUCCUCAGUUCAGUCUUGUCACUACAGCGUCGCCUCCUCCGCCCGCGUAGCCCCGGCCAUGGCUCUGUAGCCGCGACCCCUUAGUGCCCCCAGCCCGUCUCCGCGCCUGCGCUCUCCGCUCCCACCUUCUUUCUUCAGCCGAGGCCACCGCUGCCUCUUCCUGCCGCAGCCAUGGAGUCUUCCACUUUCGCCUUGGUGCCCGUCAUCGCCCAGCUGAGCAACCUCCAGAACCUCGUCCCAGUUGCUGCUGCAGCCUCUCCUGUUGCCAUCAGUGCCCAGCAACUGUGCUACCGCCAUGUCACUCCUGGCGACCCUGGGGCUGGAGCUGGACAGGGCCCUGCUCCCAGCUAGCGGGCUGGGAUGGCUCGUAGACUAUGGGAAACUCCCCCCGGCCCCUGCCCCCUUGGCUCCCUAUGAAGUUCUGGGGGGAGCCCUGGAGGGCGGGCUUCCAGUGGGGGGAGAGCCCCUGGCAGGUGAUGGCUUCUCUGACUGGAUGACUGAGCGAGUUGAUUUCACAGCCCUCCUCCCUCUGGAGCCCCCCUUGCCCCCAGGCACCCUCCCCCCACCUUCCCCAACCCCACCUGACCUGGAAGCUAUGGCCUCCCUCCUCAAGAAGGAGCUGGAACAGAUGGAAGACUUCUUCCUAGAUGCCCCGCUCCUCCCGCCCCCCUCCCCACUGCCGCUGUUGCCGCCACUGCCACCACCACCGCCAGCAGCCCCGUCCCUCCCUCUUCCCCUCCCCUCCCUUGACCUCCCCCAGGCCCCUAUCUUGGAUACUCUGGAUUUGUUGGCCAUCUACUGCCGCAACGAGGGCAGGCAGGGGGAGGCGGGGAUGGCGCCCCUGCCGCCGAUACAGCAGCCCCCUCUUCCUCCUCCACCUCAACCUUCUCGCCCGGCCCCCUACCCCCAUCCCACCGUCCCCCGGGGGGACCGCAAGCAAAAGAAGAGAGACCAGAACAAGUCGGCAGCUCUGAGGUACCGCCAGCGGAAGCGGGCAGAGGGUGAGGCCCUGGAGGGCGAGUGCCAGGGGCUGGAGGCUCGGAACCGUGAGCUGAGGGAACGGGCAGAGUCUGUGGAGCGCGAGAUCCAGUACGUCAAGGACCUGCUCAUCGAGGUGUACAAGGCCCGGAGCCAGAAGACCCGCAGCUGCUAGAAGGGUGGGGCGUAGCUUUUGAGGGCUGGUCUUCAGCCCUGGCCCCAUCAUCCCCCUGCCUCCACCUUCAUUCCAAACCCCUCUGUCAGCCAGGUGCAGUGGUUCAUGCCUGUAAUCCCAGCACUUUGGGAGGCCAAGGCAGGAGGAUCGUUUGAGGCCAGGAGUUCAAUACCAGCCUGGGCAACAUAGCAAGACGCUGCCUCUAUUAAAAAAAAAAAAAAAUCAACCCUUUGCUCCCCAAAACCACCCAGCUCCCCUCUGCUUUUAUCACCUCUUUUGUAUUUCUGGAUUUUCUUCCCUCUUCUUACCUCCACAUCAUGAAAUGUUUGGCCUUAGUCACUGUCUGUGCCCGAGAUGUAACAAACAGCAGAGGCACCGAGGCCCACAGGGAAUGCAGGAAGCAGCGGGGAGCUUGGAAACCUGGUCUCUUGCUUUUCAAACCUGGUUUCCUACAGGUGGUUCUCUGGGGUGGGUGGAGGCGCUAUGCAAAUGAGGGUGUAAGUCGGGGCGGCUUUAAGAAGGGGACACGUAUCCUACAGGCCAAAAGCAGGCCAGGUGACCUUGGGACACGGCUAGGGGAGGAAGCCUAAAGGUGGCCAGGUUUGCAGAGUGGGAGGAUGGGCAGUAGUGGAUGGGUGACUGGGUUCAUUUUAGCUCUGGGGGAAAAUCAGUGUUUUGUGAAGGUGUUGGAGUGGGGCUGUGUCUAGGUGAGGGAUGGUGGGGUACUAAUUUUUUUGGGAGGUUAUGAGCAAAAAUAAAAGCAUUUCCUCUGG